UGUCGAAUCAACUUCAAAGUGGAACAAGGACAACGAGGUAGUCCCCACGGCGUCUGCAGCCUCACUACCUUCUGUCUCAUCCUAACAUCAUGUUCAAGAAAAUGACGGGCAAGCUAGGACACUUCGGCCCCUCGAAGGUGCCGAUGCAGUCAUCGCCUUCAUCUUCUUUCUCGUCCACAUCUCUGUCUACCGUGUCUCACGAUCAUCACGGAUCUAUCUCGACCGAGCGGACUUCAGUGAGCACGCACAGCAAGCAGGCCGGUAGGGAGGACUGGGCGCGCGCGCGCGAGGGAGACGGGGACACAUCUGCGGAGCUUCCACCACGGCUGAGGAUGUCCAGACCGAGAGGCACGUACCGACUUUCCGACUUCAUCAUCCAACGGACGCUUGGGACUGGCAGCUUUGGGCGCGUGCAUCUCGUUCGCAGCAAGCACAACCUGCGCUUCUACGCGAUCAAGGUGAUGAACAAGGACAAGAUUGUGCGCAUGAAGCAGAUAUCGCAUACGAAGAACGAGCAGGCCAUGCUGCAAGCAGUUCAACACCCGUUUAUCAUCAGUCUCUGGGGGACAUUCCAGGACACCGCCAACUUGUACAUGGUAAUGGACUUCGUACCAGGUGGAGAGCUGUUCACCCUCCUUCGACGAUCAAAUAGGUUCCCCGAUCCUGUCGCAAAGUUCUACGCGGCCGAGGUCGCACUCGCGCUCAAUUACCUACACGACCUCGAUAUCAUCUAUCGAGACCUCAAACCGGAAAACAUUUUGCUCAACUUCGACGGCCACAUUAAAAUCGCCGACUUCGGUUUCGCCAAGUACUGCGACACCACGGUCUGGACGCUUUGCGGCACUCCAGACUAUCUGGCACCAGAGAUCGUUGCCAACGCGCGGUACAACAAGAGCGUCGACUGGUACGCACUCGGCGUACUGACCUUCGAGAUGCUCUCCGGGCUACCUCCAUACCACGAACACGACAUUACGCCCGUCCGACUGUACGAAAAGAUCGCAACAGGCCCCGCAUGCAUCAAAUGGCCCGCAUUCCACCCGAACGCCACCGACCUUAUCCUGAAGUUCAUGGAGUCCGACCCAUCAAAACGUUACGGAAACCUGAGCAACGGUGCGCGCGACGUAUUCAACCACCCGUGGUUCAGAGAAGUCGACUGGACCAAACUGCGUAAUCGAGAGAUUCAAGCGCCGUAUCUACCGAAGAUCGCUGGCGAUGGCGAUGCGAGCGCGUUCGAGCGAUACCCCGAGAUUGACGCUGCUGUGCAGUACGGGUCGAUCACGCCCGAUCCCUACGGACAUUAUUUUUCGGAUUUCGAGUACACAACUUCCUGAUCAUUCGGAGUUGUACAUUUGUGGGACAGUGUCUAGUACAUAAUGAAUGGCUGUACUGUAGAGUUGUACUUUGGAUGGACUGCCAGAAUAACUAUGUCACAAAUAAACUAUCUAGAAAAACUGAG